AUUAUUAUUACUAUUUUAUUAUUAUACACCCACUCGUAGACUACCACAACAACACGUAUUAUACUACACGUUACACUUUAAAAACCCUCUGGCUGUUCCAUGGCACCCUCCUCAUACCAUGGCCUCAUUUUGACUGCCGGCAUGCUAGCUACCGGCACGCUCAAUACGCUGCUGACCAAGCUCCAGGACAAGCAGUGUGUUGGGAACUGUGACAACCCCGACAUGUCUAAGCGCGAGUACUUUGAGCAGCCCGUGUGGCAGACACUCAACAUGUUUUACGGCGAGAUGCUCUGCCUGGUGUGCUUCUACUUGUUUUCGCUGCGCCAGCGCAAUUUCAACGCCGUGGAAAACCGCGGUGAGUACGAGGCCAUUGCCGACAACGAUGAUGAGUCGAUCAAUGAGCAGAUUGCGCAGAUCGUGCCGACUACCGACGCUCUGCCAGUUGUCGAUGCCGCCGAGGCCGGCGCAGCAGGGACGCAGCAGAAGAACAUUGCUGGAUGGGCCACCCUGUGGAUGUGGGUACCUGCCGUGUGCGACCUCAUGGGCACGACGCUGAUGAACGUCGGCCUUUUUUUCACCACCCCCUCAGUGUACCAGAUGCUGCGCGGCGCUGUUGUUAUAUUUUCAGGCGUGUUCUCCGUCCUGUUCCUCGGCCACCGCCUGGAACGCUUCCAGAUCAUCUCACUGCUCCUAGUCGUUGUAGGCGUCACAAUCGUUGGGUUAAGCAACAUUUUCUCGCCGCCGCCCCAAAACUACUCGCUCGGCGAGACACCCGACGCCAUUGACGCCAAUGCUUGGAAGGCUACACUGGGCGUUAUUCUCGUUCUUGGUGCCCAGGUGUUUACAGCCACUCAAUUUGUCGUCGAGGAAAAGAUCAUCCGCCGCUACCACCUGACUCCCCUGCGCGCAGUCGGGCUCGAGGGGUCAUUUGGCGCCGUCACAGUCAUGGCCGCUAUCCCCGUGCUGCACUACACCAUUGGCCGUUCGCAUCCCGGCGGAUACUUUGAUGCGUCCGAGGGCUUCAGGCAGAUUGUGGACAACCCGGCGGUAUGGCAGACAUCCAUUUACAUCAUGCUGUCUAUCGCACUCUUUAACUUUUUCGGACUCUCAGUUACCCGCUACCUGAGUGCCACUUCGCGUGCGACUAUUGAUACCUGCCGCACACUGUUCAUUUGGAUCAUCUCGCUUGCUCUGGGCUGGGAGGCCUUCAGCUGGAUCCAGGUUGUUGGUUUUGUUGUUCUGGUUUACGGAACAUUCGUUUACAACCGCGUCCUGAGCCUGCCAUUCUAGAAAAAAAUAGGAUAAACCUAUCUUUUUUUGGGAUUGUACUUUAUUUAUGAAUUCAAUUGAUAAUAAUAUCAUAUUGUAUAUCAAAA